AGCAACAAAUAAUUAUUGCUGGCGUGCCCGCUACCCACGGUUUCGCGUUUCUCAGAACGCAUAGUUGCAAGCUCUAGCCCUUGGCCAGGCGGCCGCUUCUUUACGCUUCCGCUUGGAGCGCGUAAACAGGCUUUUCCAGCGCCUUGGGCGCCGCGCGGCUGAUCACAGCGCGCCGGCCGCGCGCUACUAAAAUAACAGCGCGCUACUUAAAUAACAGCCAUGGUGAGACCACACCUGCGACACGCCGUCGCCGCGCUCCUCGUCGCGUACACCAGCGGCGAGACCGACCGCGUGCUGGUAGACGUCGCCGCGAAUAGUAGGAGAUGCCUCGGCGAGGAGUUCCCCGAGGACGCGCUGGGCCGGUGGAAGUUUUCGGUGGCCGGCGUCGUCAAGCACGGCGACCUCAAGCGGAACAGCGAGGCCGCGCAGAAGGUCCGGGCGACCGUCAAGGACCCCUCCAAGAAGCUGCUCUGGAGCGCCGCGCUGAACGACGACGCGACGAACGCGCCGGCGUUCUCGUUCACGGCGACGACGCCCGGCCUGUACCGGGCCUGCGUCGAGAACCGGCACACGAAGCCGCAGCGCGUAGCGAUCACGGUCGAGCAGGGCUGGGGCGUGCGCGACUAUGCUGCCGUCGGGGAGGGCGUCUUCGGGCCGGUGGAGAAGCAGCUGGACGACUCCGAUCAUAUGUUAAGAGACAUCGCGGCGGAGAUGGACGCCGCGUUGAACCGGGAGGAGCGGCUGCGCGAGGGCGCCGAGAGCGGGCGGGACCGCGUGGAGCUGUUCGGGGUCGUGAGCAUGGGCGUGCUCUUCGUGACGGCCCUCUGGCAGGUUGUGUACCUGAGAAGCUUCUUCCGGUCUAAGAAAUUACUCUAA